UGCAAUGAUGGAGGAGUGGUGUGAGUUCAUGACCUAUUUCGGUACAUAGAUAUUCCGCACUCUUUGGCAAUCUCAGCAGUUUGGCACUUGAUAUGUGUGCUAGAACACCUCACCCUAAAGAUGUGUUCAAGUUGGAUGCAGGUGACAUUUCUCCUUGCACACUUGAUUGUUGCAGGAGCAGUGGUAUACCAGUACCCAGGGUCACUAACAGUGGCAGAGGGUACCAAUGUGACGUUUCACUGUGACAUCAGUGAAAUGGGAGGGGAAUGCUCUUAUAUCGUAUGGGUGCAAGUGGGACCUAUGAGAAAGCUCACACUCUGGCCUCAAAAAAACCUACAGUGUCCACACCAACACGGCCUGCCUCCUGAACAUCAUCAAUGCCAACAGGACAAGUGUGGGCAUCUUCUACUGUGCCCUGCUUAAUGGUGCCAUGCUGAACAUGGGCAAUGGGAGUGUGCUGGAAGUCUCUGACCCUAUCACCUCUGAAGCUACUCUGGAGGUCCUGGUGCCUGUGGACUGGCAGGAGGCCCCCUCAUCCCCAGUCCCACUCCUGUGCCUGGUGUCUGGACUGGAUCCCAGUCAGGCCAGGGUGUACUGGGAGGUGGAGGGGAAGGUUCAGUCCUCAGAGCGUUUACCUGAGGUUCAGUCAGAGAAGCCAGCCACUGUCAGAGUCCAACUCUCUGUACCUGGCCAUACCUGGGCUGAAGGUAAAGAGAUCACCUGUGUUAUGGAGAGCACCAGUGGGGUGAAGAUGAACAAGACAGUCAGCAGGAUGGGAAUGGAGAGGUCCAGACAGGGAAUGUUUCUGGCCAUCUCUUUGGGCGGCAUGUGUAUCCUUCUUUCUAUUGUGGUGAUUGUCAUCACCUUGUAUGUCUGCAGACUGAAACACGACCCGCGAAAGACAAGAUUUCAAGUCUAUGAGCACAACCAGGACGGAGCACAGGGUCUGACUGAAGUGCAAUAUGCCAGUUUAAAGUUUGGAGCUGGUCGUGGGAGAACCUUAACUACAGCCGCAGCUAAAAACAGACAAUAUAAGUAGGCUAAAGCUGCCCUAGUAAGACCUUACAUGUGAAUUACAUUUUCUACAAAAACAUAAAAGAAGUGCUUAUUCAUUCAGGGUCAUCGGUUUGUCAAAAUGCUCCUGUGCUUUCUUGAUUAUGUUUUCUGACCUACUUAUUUGAGUCAAUGAUGUAAGGAUUUUUACCUUUAGAAUUAGGAACUUAUUUAGUCAGAUUGUGUUGUCAUUUUACAAGCUUUGUGAUUAAAAAUCAUUUGUCUUGUUGAAAUAAUAGCCAAAUGUAAAUUACAUUUAAGACAAGUUUAAUUUAUGGAGUGAACUAAUUUCUCUAGUCACAUGCUGAUGAGAUUUUUGUGAUAAUAGUCAGCAAUAAAAAUGAGUCACAGAUGGAAUCUUUUUCAUCUCCAACAUAAA